AUGUCGAACACUCGAAAGAUAAAUUUUGUCAUUACCUGCUUCAUCGUCAUCAUCUCCAUCUCUCGAUUUUAUCGAAUUUGUUUAUCACAAGAAAAUGUUUUAAGCCAUCAAAGCAUCAAGAACGUAAAAAAUCAAUCGACCUUAAAUGACAUUUUGAUUGCCUGCUUUACUCUUCUCUCUGCUCUUUUACAAAGUUACGACUUUUCACUGAUCGUGAAUUCAGAACAUUUUUCAUCUGCAAUUUAUGAGAACGAUGGAAUCAAAUACAAAUUACUUUGGAGCAAUAAGAACAAAGAAAAUCGAAUUAAAGAUCAACAACAUUUGACCUUUUUACAUGUUCUCGGCUGCUGUUGCUGCCUCUGCAACAUUGAAAUUAGAAAAUUGUUGAAUGUUCAAUGCAAGUUAACAUCAGAGAACGAUUUGUUUGACUUGAGAAAAGUUUUGUAG